AUGAGAGGGGAACUUUUCCUGAAGAAAAUCUCUCUCUCCAGGAACAAAGUCGCCAAGCUGUGCUACACUUUCAUAAAAGACGGAGCGAAAAUCCUGACGCACUCGUCCUCCAGAGUGGUGCUGAGGGUGCUGGAGGAGGCAGCGGCUGAGAAGAAGCGCUUCACCGUGUACGUCACAGAAUCCCAGCCGGACUCCGCAGGGAAAAAAAUGGCCGAGGCAUUGAGAAAUCUCAACGUUCCUGUCACUGUAGUUUUAGAUGCUGCCGUGGGGUACAUCAUGGAGAAGGUGGACUUGGUGAUAGUGGGAGCAGAAGGAGUGGUGGAGAGCGGAGGAGUCAUCAACAAGAUCGGUACCUAUCAGAUGGCCGUGUGCUCCAAAGCGCACAACAAGCCCUUCUACGUGGUGGCAGAGAGCUUCAAGUUCGUCCGGCUUUAUCCUCUCAACCAGCAGGACGUCCCCGACAGAUUUAAGUACAAGGCAGACACGCUGAAGACGGCGGAGAAUCUAAACGAGGAGCACCCCAUGAUCGACUACACGCCCCCCUCCCUCAUCACACUGCUCUUCACGGACCUGGGCGUCCUCACUCCCUCUGCAGUCAGCGACGAACUCAUCAAGCUUUACUUGUGACAAGCCUGGUAACGUCAAUAAAGUACAACCAACAAAGA